AUGUUGGAACCAUGGUACGGUCCGUCACAGGCGCGAGAUAUCUGCCGCGCACCGUAUCUAACUGACCCGUCUUACAACCUCGUGCCCGGCGCACACUGGAAGGAUGAGGCAACAAGUGCAGACACGGGUGGGAAAAGUGAUACAAUCGUCAGCAUGAUGAUAUGCAAUGACCGCUGCUGGCCGGAGUCCCGGCGUGCGUACGGGUUGCAAGGUGUAGAGCUUGUGCUGUGCGGAUACAACACACCCGAUUUUGGCCCUGAUCUAUACGGGGAGCCGAAUACGGAUCCUCAAACUGCGAAAAAAGAGGCAUAA